AUGGCGCGCCUCGCAAACCUCUUACUCGCCUCUCUGGCCGCGCUCGCCUCGGCCCAAUCCGCCGUCAAAGACCUGAUCCCCUCCAACUUCGACGAUGUCGUCCUCAACUCCGGCAAACCCUCGCUCGUCGAGUUCUUCGCCCCCUGGUGCGGCCACUGCAAAACCCUGGCUCCGAUCUACGAUGAAUUAGCAGCCAAUUACCAGUUCGCGCAGAACAAAGUCAACAUCGCCAAAGUCGAUGCGGAUUCCGAGAAGGAGCUGGGCCGUCGGUUCGGCGUGCAGGGGUUUCCGACGCUCAAAUGGUUCGAUGGGAAGAGUGAGACUCCCGAGGAUUAUAGGGGGGGCAGAGACCUGGAGAGUUUGAGCAAGUUCAUCGAGGAGAAGACGGGGUUGAAGGGGAAGGCGAAGAAGGCCGAGGCGAGUAAGGUGGAGAUGUUGAAUGAUAAGACGUUUAAGGAGAUGGUUGGCGCGGAUAAGGAUGCUAUUGUUGCGUUCACCGCGCCGUGGUGUGGUCACUGCAAAACCCUCGCCCCAAUCUGGGAAAAAGUCGCCUCCGACUUCUCCGCCGAAUCAUCGGUCUUGAUCGCCAAAGUCGACUGUGAAGCCGAAAACGCCAAAGCCACCGCGCAGGACGCAGGCGUGAAGUCCUACCCCACCAUCUUCUACUACCCCAAGGGAAGCAAGGAAGGGAUUCCCUACUCCGGCGGCCGCAGCGAACAAGACUUGAUCACGUUCAUGAACGAGAAAGCCGGAACCUACCGCUCUGUUGGUGGCGGGUUGAACCCUCUAGCGGGAACAGUGCCUAGUCUGGACUCCCUGGUUGGGAGUUUGAAGAGUGGUGGCGAAGCCGCUUACCGGGAGUUUGAGAAGGCGGUCGGGGGUGUGACGGAUAAGUACGCAGAGUACUACUCCAAAGUAGCCAAGAAGGCUGAGGAGAAUGGCGAGUAUGUGGCCAAGGAGGCGGCGAGGUUGCAGGGGAUUUUGGCCAAGGGUGGGUUGGCGCCGGAGAAGGUGGAUGAUUUGACUAGGAGAAGUAAUGUGUUGGCGAGGUUUUUGGGGACGGAGGAGAAGGGGAAGGAUGAGUUGUAA